UCAUUCAUUGACUGAAAAGAAGCCUUCGAACCCAGAGAGGAAGUAUGGACCAAGUCAAGUCUAGUGGAGAAGUGAAGCAUAUUAAUGACCAAGGUUCAAGACAAAUAUCACUGGAAACAGUCAAAAAGCUGAUCAAACAGUCCCAGCAGGCAAAGGAGCGCGCUUACUGCCCCUACAGCAAAUUCAGAGUGGGAGCUGCUCUCCUGACCUUUGACAAUCACGUGUUUGCAGGUUGCAAUGUGGAGAAUGCAUGUUACAAUCUGGGCAUCUGUGCUGAGAGGAAUGCUAUUUCAAAGGCAGUGUCAGAGGGACACACAAGUUUCAAGGCGAUUGCAAUUGCCAGUGACUUGAAUGACCAGUUCAUCUCCCCGUGUGGUGGCUGCAGGCAGUUCAUGAGAGAGUUUGGAUCAGAUUGGGAAGUAUACCUGUCAAAGCCUGACGGAUCCUACCAGAAGAUGACUGUGAGUGAGCUGCUGCCAGUCUCAUUCGGUCCUGAAGACCUGUCCAAAGACAAAGUGAAUUCCUUCCCGUAAUUAGUGUUGGACCUGGAUUCUAAUGAAGACAAAAAACACAUAACAACAACAGCAACAAAAACCACAAAAUUGUUGGUCCCAUAACAUGAAAUUGUCAAAUAUUGUGUUUAAUGAAGGGAACGUGUAUUGGUGUUUAGCAGUAGUUCCAUUUAUGGUAAAUGUUUAAUAAUAGCAUAUAUUUAUUACUGUAAUAUUAAUAAAACAUCAAGAUAAUUGCCAUAUGGUUAGCGGGAAAAUGCAAUGUGCCUUAGUGAUCUGUUCACCUGUAUUUACAUAUUGAAUGCUGUAUUACUGAAGAUAAAAAUAUUUAUUAGUUUAAAGAAGCAGAAGGGAAAUUACAUAAAUAUCAAAGCAGGUCACACUUUUUAAUAAAUAAACUGUUUUAAAAGGUG